UGCAGGUUGGAAAUAACAAGAACACCCCUGUGGCAAGUAGCACAAUUCCACCAACAAUUUUCAUGUCAGUGAGCUAAGAGUAAGUUGUUGAUCCAAGCCCCAAAUCGGAGUAAGCGCCACCAUGAAUAAUACCGUAAUUUCAAGAAAAUUCACUCUCUGGUUGUGCACACCGCACAAUCGUUCUUUUGAUUUCUCCUUAAAUCCCCGGACAUUCCCAAAUAAUCGCAACCCCUUUACCAGAAACCAAUCGAGGAUUCCGAAGUUAUUAUCUUUCUGUUCCAUAACAAGCUCCGAAUCUUUGGGUUAUGGUGGCUGGGACACUCCUCAACUCUUCAGCGACUCAGUCGGCUCAGGUGAGUCGAACCAUCUUCAUAGACUUCUGAACUCCCUGGGAAUUAAUGAUAAAAAACAUGUCUCUGUAUUCGUGUUGGGGUUUGUUUGUGCGUUAGCCAUUUCUAGAGUCAAAGUUUCAUCAUUUAUUGCAUUCCCAGCUUGUAUGGUGGUAUUUGUUCUUGGGUUCACAAUUGGGCUUGUCAAUGGAGGUAAGAUGAGCUCAUUCGGGGCAAAAAAUAUGGCAAAAGAUGGUUUGAAUGGAGUUCCUGUUGAUAAAUUGAGCUCUUUGGAAGAUGUAAUCAAAGAGUUUGGUGCUAAGAUUGUGAAUUUGAAAAAUGAUGUUAAGAAGAGUAUUGAAAGUAAUUACAUUACAGUGGGUGACCUAGAAUGUUUCAUUAACAACUUAGAGUCUGUUAAUUCGUUAACUGUUAAUGCUAGAGGUAUCCUUGAUAAUUGUAUAAUAAUUAGAACCCAGGAAGUGGAAAGAAGCUCAAAUCAAAAGCAGAGUAGGCGGAAGAAAGAUCCAAGAGAUAAUCAGUUUGGCAUCCCUUGGUUCUUUUCAGGCCUGUUUCGAGAAAAACCAGAUUUGAAGUAUAAUAAAGUGAAAGUUCCCAAAGAUGAUGAGCUAAUGGAUGGGAAUAUAUUAGGCUCUUCUACUUAUGAUAGAAAUAAAAACAAUAUAUUGAAAAAGGAAGCAAGUACUAGAUCAAACCCAGAUGCUGAUGGCAAUGCAAAUCCGCCUGAAAUGGAUUAUACGACUUUUGGAAGUCGACAAUAUGGUUAUUGGACUAACAGUUCCCAAUACAUUAGGAACCAGAGAAUCUCUCUUAACAAUGUUUAUCCUAAAGAAGAUGGGAUUUGGACAUCCGAUGAGUUCUUAAGCAACUCUAUGGAGUUUUCUGAAACUGUUUCUUCUUUUCGGCAAGAGGAAGAGGUCACAGAGUUAAAAGGAAAUUAUAGCAUGUUUAAUGGGCCAAAGAUGGAUGAAGAAGACCAUGGAAAGGAUGAUAUUAACUUCAAUAAGUACAUUUCUGAAGCUAAUGCUCUUCUGGAAGAAGCUAAGAGUUGCUUACAGCAAAAGGGUGAUGAUAAGAUUGCAGAUGGUGCAUUCCAGAAGUCUGCACUUGUGCUUUCAAAAGCUACACACAUUAGACCUGUGAGCUCAUUGGCUGUGGGCCUUUUGGGAAACACAUACCUUCUCCAUGGAGAGCUAAAACUGAGGAUCAGCCGUGAAUUGAGAAUGCUACUACUCACUAGAGCAAAUGCACAAAGUAAUAAAUUUGGGAGGAAAGAGGAAAUUGCUUCGUAUCUGGGUAAUGUGUGUGAAGAGUGUGAAGAAUUGCUGAUUAAGGCAGGAAGGCAGUAUAAGCUGGCUCUGUCGAUUGAUGGGAACGAUAUGAGAGUGUUGUAUAACUGGGGGCUUGCUCUCAAUUUCCGAGCGCAAUUGAUUGCAGACAUUGGACCAGGUGCAGCACGUGAUGCCGACAAGGUGUUCAUGGCUGCCAUUGAUAAAUUUGAUGCAAUGAUGUCUAAAAGUAAUGAUUAUGCACCUGAUGCACUAUUUAGAUGGGGUGCAGCUUUACAACAAAGAUCUCGCCUUCGGCCCAAAAGAAGUAAAGAGAAGGUUAAGCUGUUGCAGCAGGCUAGAAGAUUAUAUGAAGAUGCACUUGGUAUGGACUCUGGGAAUGUACAAGUUCAGAAAGCCUUGUCAUCCUGCAUAUCUGAGCUCAACUGGUUCAAUUAAUAGUCUCAGUCUUUUUUCUGACCUGGGAGUAAAAGGGGAGAGUACCUCUGAUCAUAUCUGAACAGCAGUUAUAGAAACAUGAGAGACGUUCACGAUUACAAAAACAAUUCCUAGAGGUCCAUGUUUAGUUUUUAUUCUCAUUAUAUCUAACAAAAGUCUAUGAUACAGAGAAAAUGUCUGUGAAACUCUUCUUGAGAGUAUGUUGGUGUAUUGAGAUUCAGGCUAGUUUUUGUUGGGCAAGUCACAAUUAUAUGAGGUUAGAUUGUUCGAUCAUUGUCUCAAGCAUCACGUUUGCAUAUAUUCAAAGUGAAUAUGUUUUAAAUAUAAACAUUUCAUGAUCGUCUCAAGCA